UAUACAAACGGUUUAUUGUUCAAUGCAAUUUUUCAAUUGGAAUUGUGCUUAAAUUAAACAAAAUGUUGCGCACUUUUGCCUCCAUGCGCGUGAACUUCCAACAGCUGGCGAGGAGCACACAAUAUCGAUGCCAAUUGAAGCAGCAACAGUUCCUGUUAAGACCAUGUCGUCGCACACAAUCCACUCUAGGUGGCACUGGCAAAGGAAAUGCCGGGGCGGAAGCUGCGCGUAAACUACGCGCAAAAUCAACAUUAUACUACAUAACCGCCGGUGGUGUACUAAUUAUGGGUCUUAGCUACGCUGCUGUACCUCUCUACAGCAUAUUUUGCCAGGCGUAUAGCUAUGGCGGGGUCACUUCCCAGGGUCACGAUGCUGAAAAAGUAGAGCAUAUGGUCAAAGUUAAGGAUCGUGUGCUAAAAAUACGCUUCAAUGCAGACAUCGGCUCGUCAAUGCGCUGGAAUUUUAAGCCACAGCAGUAUGAAAUUAAGGUAGCACCCGGAGAGACCGCACUUGCCUUUUAUACAGCCAAGAAUCCGACGGAUAAGCCUGUAAUUGGCAUCAGCACUUACAACGUGAUACCAUUUGAAGCUGGGGCGUACUUUAACAAAAUCCAAUGCUUUUGCUUUGAGGAGCAGCAGUUGAAUCCACACGAGGAAGUGGACAUGCCUGUGUUCUUCUACAUUGAUCCAGAAAUAACACAAGAUCCAGCACUGGAGUACUGUGACACCAUAACGCUAUCCUAUACAUUCUUUGAGGCUAAGGAAGGGCUAAAAUUAAAUUUUCCCAGCUAUGCAAAACCACAUGCAUUAGCGAAGCAGGCCUAGUUAUUGUUUGUAUAUAAAAAGUGUGACAAAAUAAAUUGUUUAAUUUUGAAUAGACUGUGAUGCAAAACUGUAGACAGUUUGAGAGGAAUUGCGGCGGUCUUUCAGUGGGAAUGAGAUAACAGCAACAGUGCUUUAACAGCGUCAUGCCAUGUUAACCGGCUACUAACAUCGAAACAACUAAAACAUGUGAUAAAACAAAUGAUAAGCUCAAAUAACAACAAAUAGGAACAAUUAAAUUUAAU